UAAUUUCUUGAAAAUGGUUAAUAUAACAGUGGAUUUGGUACGCAAGAAAGCCGAACAUCACGACUGCUUGUUGGCCCCAUUGGAAGAGAUCGCUUUGCAUCAAGAAAAUAUCGAAAAAAUCGAAUACUUACAAGACUGGUGCCCGAAACUCAAAAUUCUUUUAAUGCAAAGUAAUUUAAUAUCCAAAAUAGAGAAUUUGAACAAAUUAAAACAUUUAACAUAUUUGAAUUUGGCACUUAAUAAUAUUGAAGUGGUAGAAAAUCUGGAUAGAUGCGAGUCGUUGCAAAAAUUGGAUCUUACUCUAAACUUUAUUGGAGAUAUCCUCAGUAUCGAAAGUCUUACGGGCAACUACAAUUUGGAAAAUUUAUAUUUGACUGGGAAUCCGUGUACGGACUACGAAAACUAUCGUGAUUUUGUUAUUGGCAUUUUACCUCAACUUAGCUCACUCGAUGGUAAAGAGAUUGAACGUUCCGAUCGCAUUAAAGCUUUGCAAAACCUACGUAUUAUAAGGUCAGAUAUAAUAUUUGAACAAAAAAACUAUAUAUCUCAAAGAAAAGCCCAAAAAAUACGCCUUGAUAGAGAGAUACAAGAUAAGUGGGAAAACCUUUAUAAGGAUAUGGAUCCAGAGGAAAGAAAUAAAAAAUUUUGGGCUGAAAAAACAGAACACGCUCCUGAAAUUAGAUAUGAAAUUGAACGUAUGAGGCAACUGAAAAUAGAAAGCUAUGAGAGUCACGAUAAAAAAGAAGAAAAGCGGCAAUAUAAACUGUUUACUGACGAUGGCAGACCUUUUAAUAUAAACCAAGCAAAGAUAGACUUCAAGUUUAGUGACGAAGAGCCUGAGAAAUAUGUUUUAGACUUAGCAGUCUAUAAGCACUUGGAUACUAGUUUACUUGAUGUUGAUAUUCAGCCUAAUUAUGUGAGAGCUAUAAUCAGAGACAAAAUAUUUCAACUUUAUCUUCCUGAAGAAGUCAAUACAACAAAUUCAAAAGCUGAAAGAUCACAAAUUACUGGUCAUUUAGUUAUAACAAUGCCAAAAGCUAAUUUUAGCAUAAAAGGCAGUGUUAAUCCAACAAAAAAUAAAACAAUGUCACAAAUGUACACUGAAAACAAUAUAAAAGACUGGCAAGUUGAACCAGCGCAAUCAAAAAGGGAACUAUUAGAAAUAGGUCCUGCCAAUAACGUACUUGAUUUCACAAAAAUGACAGAAUCAAAAUUAAAACCUGAGUAUAUAGAUCCAAGAUUAAAUCUUGAGAGUAAACAACCUUCGGCAGAAUUCGUUGACAAUCCAGAAGUUCCAGAUCUUAUUUGACUUUUAAGAUUAACACUACCUUAAAAACUUACCUUAUAUUGUAAAGGAUAUAACUACCUAACUUCAAUUUAAAAUCCUGUUUAAAUAUUCUUCAUAAGGUUCAACCUAACUUUUCUUUGAUAAACUUCAAUAGGAACAUGAUUGGUAGGAAUAUCUCCUAGCUACAAAAUAGAAGAUUAUCGUAGAAAUAAUCAAUUAAAACUAUAAAAAUAUUUAAUAAAAA